AUGACAUUACCAGAAUUUAUCUCAGGUUGGACCCAAAUCUCCAACAAAGAUGAUUUCAUGUUCCAACUCACUGAGGGCGAUGAGAAUGAAGUUGUAAUAGUUUACUUUGGUCAACCAAAUUGUAUUGCUUGCGAUAUGGUCAAAGAAUAUAUGAGAACCUUACCAGGUAGAUAUCCAAAUGCCUACAUGUUCCAAGUUCCAUUUGGUUCCCCAGUUACUAAAGAUUGUAUGUGGGCCAAUGAUGUCGCAAUCUAUCCAUUCGUCAAGGUCUUCAAGAAUUUCUCCAAAGUUCAAAAUUGUAUGGGUUACGUUACUGGCUCUGGUACUAAUAUGAUCGAUGAUUUAAUCAAGAGAUACUAUGAACUUAUCAGAAUCACAAAUUUAUAA